AUGCGUCUCUCUUCAAUUAUCGCCGUGGCCACUCUUUCGGCGGUCCAUGAUCCCGUGACGGCUAGAGAGCUCCCGGUUGAUGAGGAAAGAGCUGCCAGGCUCUACGACUCGGGUGUCAUCCAUCAGGAGUUAAUCUCAAACAAAAUUGCCCACUGGGAAGCAGAGAUGGAGGCAGGCUUGAUGGCUAGCGAGCAGUUUCCGCGACUAAACGCCACAAAAUGCGUCAACGGAAUUGCCGAGGCGAUUUCAGGAGACCCAUUACAUACCUUCAGGUGCAAGAACAUGGACUUGUUGGACUUUUUAAACCAUGAGGACCUUGGCUCCACUGGCUACUACGAGAACAUUCGAUCUGGGAGCUCUGCCUGGGGCUGGACUGAUCCCGAAUCGGGUCGUGAGUUCAUCGCCUCUGGUGUAUACGAUGGUGUGAGCUUCAUCGAGAUCCUUCCCGAGGGGAAGAUGUUGCCUCUUGGAUUCUUACCAAAAUGGGCUACGCUUGCCAGCGGUGCUUGGUGGACUGAGAUUCGACCAUACAAACAAUACAUGAUCAUCGGCAGCGAGCUCGUUGGUAAUGGUGUCCAGAUCUUUGAUAUGACGAAGCUGCUGCCCUUGGAUGGUUCCAGCGGCAUCCACCGCUUUACCAACGAGCAGGAUCUCACUGGCCAUUUCAAUGAGACCCUCCCAAUUGGUCGAAGCCAUAACGUGGUGGUUAACCAGGAACUCAACUAUGCCAUUGCCGUCGGUGUGCAGCCGAGAGACCAAUACUGCCUGGGCGGUCUCCACUUCUUUACUCUAGAUGACCCUUCAAAUCCCGUUUCUCUCGGCUGUGAUGGCCAGGAUGGUUACACCCACGACGCGCAAUGUCUCGUUUACCGUGGGCCCGAUGAGAAAUACGUUGGCAGAGAGGUCUGCUACGGUUACAAUGAGGAUACUCUUACCAUUUUUGACGUGACGGACAAGACAGCCGUUAAAAUCAUCUCACGUGUCACGUAUGAGGGCGCCACCUUCACUCAUCAGGGUUGGGUCAACGACGUUAACAACCAGGAAUACCUCUUCAUGGAUGAUGAAUUUGAUGAAUACAAUCGCGUUGGGCCAGCAGCCGACGGGUACCCUGUCACGUACAUCUGGAGCAUUCAUAAUCUCGAAAACCCCAAGCAGACUGGGCUCUUCAAGGCAACAAACCGUGGCAUUGAUCACAAUCAAUACGUAUGGGGUGACUACAUCUAUCAGUCCAACUACGGGGCUGGUGUUCGCGUCUACGACGUCUCUUCUGUGCGUGAGGACCCUACGGGUAACAGUGUGUGCGAAGUUGCCUUCUUUGACACCUACCCCGAAGAUGACCAGGACGAAGGCGGUGGCGCCACCAGGUUUUCCGGUUCAUGGCACUCUUACGCAGGCUUCAAGUCCGGUUAUGUCUUCAUCAACACGAUUGAGCGUGGCGGAUUCUUGGUCAAGCCCACCGGGUACCCCAAUUGCCCGGCCAAGAUGUGUAAUGCCGACAACUGCCUGCGAGCCUUGCGCGCGGAAAGCAUCAAAGACCGUCUGGAGGAGAGCCAGGAGUUUUGUGCUGACUUCACUGAUGGUUGGAACGCACAGGUGACUGAUGUCCCAGCGUUUGCUACGGAAGCUUGCACAGGCAAUGUCAUCAGUCGCGUAUCAUCGGCGUGUUCCUGUCUCCCAACUCCCACUGGUUCUUAA